AGAUGCUGUUCCGUCCGGCCUCCAUCACCCAAAGUCAUUGAAGCGGAGCCUUAAGAGCGCAUAUUUUGCAGAUGGCACGGAAAUCCCUGGGCUCAAGGAGCACCUGGGACGGGAGGAACACAAUUUUCUCGAUCUUGAGGAAUUCGUUUGGAAGGAUGAGGUGGAUCACAGGGUUGCGCCAAAUAUCCCGCAUACUACCCCUCCCGUUGCCGGGGGCUCCCCAGAGCCCAAAGAGGCCGAGGAGGAGCAGGUUAGCAGUGUUGGUGAGCUAGAUGGUUCUUUGGAAGAGAAUGUGGAGAUUCGUGAGGCAUUGUAUGCCGAGUUUGCCAUGGCUCAUGAAAUUGGAAUCGCGUUGGGAUCGCCGCCCGUAGUCGAGCGGAGGCUUGAGUUUGCACUGGAUCCAGAAUACGAUACCUCAGGGGACGAUAAGAGUGUGAAUAGCAUUGUGAGUGCGAAGAGCAUCAAGAGCGAAAUGAGCGAGGGAGUUGGCGAAACGUACCAAUCCGAGCCCGCCCUGGAACCUGAGCCUGAGCCGGAGUCAGAGUCUGAAUAUGAGUCAGAACCCGAGCACUCCAUCCCGGGUGCAUUCAAGGAUGAGGAUGAAGUGCUCGCGGAGAUCAAUGGUCUUAAAAAGAAGGGCAAGGGCAAAGGCAAGGGCAAAGCUAAGGCAGAGGGGGUUACAAUUGCCCAGGAAGAAACACAUUCCAAAGAGAGCACAAUACGAGUAGAGGAGGAGGGUGGGGAUGAGGACGAGAUUGGUCAGUAUCCUGCCCCGGGAGCGAUCGUAGGCAAGGAAAGAAUCAAUGGCGCCGGCGGAAGAAAAGUGACGCCUUGGCCAACGCCACGAAUGAUGUCUUUUCGAUCUUCUUUGGAAGAUGUCGAAGGGGAAACAACCGAUUCUCCAGAAUCCGUUGGGGAGCCAGCUGAGGAAAUUGCCGAGAAGGCCGCCAGCGAGGAAGCAGCCGAAACGGAAAGCGCAGGUACCGACGAGAACGAUUAUAGCGAUGAGGAAGGGGAUAGUGAUGAAGUCUUUUACGAUGCUGAGGAGGGUGGACUCGCAUCCCCUCCCAUAUCUCCCAUCUCGCGAUCAUACUCCCACUCUCGGCAUGCUGAACUCGAGAAUCUUGCGAGAACCCCCAGAUCACCCAGAUCCCCCAAGUCUCCGAAGUCUCCUCGGGGGAACAAGGUGGGCCUCGUUCUUGUUCAGUCCGCAUCUGCUGCUUCUGCCUCUGGCUCUAGCCCCAGUUCGCCCAACUCGCCUGAGCAUCCUGAAACCCCAAAGAAAAUCCCUCUUCCACCAUCUGGCCCGCCAGCCCUUAACGUAAUACCGGCAACUCCGGUCCCGUCCAAGUCCCCCGCAGCAGAGGCCAAAAAACAGCUCGGUAAUCCUCCCCCCUCCCUUCCCCACCGCAAGCCAACCGGUGGGGUCCAGACCCUGAAGAACUCCCAGGAUCCCGCCUCCCCAACCAAGCCCCCAGUCCCCGUUCCCAAACGUUCGACCUCAUUCUCCAUGUCUGGCACCCCUAAAGUGCCUCGCCGCCCCUCCGUUUCUAGUCAGCCCAAGCACAUGCGUGAAUCUAAACUUCACCCGUGGUGGCGACCCCGUCACGGUAGUCCUAACGACGCAGAAGGUGCAGGCCUUUCGCGCACUAUCUCUGCACCGCAUAUAUCUGCCUACGCACAGGAACUACACAGAACCGAGUCUACUACGAGCAUCGGAAAGAAGCGCAUGGCGAAGCCGAUCAGAGGGACGAAAUUCCAGAUCGAGUUUAUCGGAGUGGACACGAUUAAGGAGAAGGGAGGAGUACUAAAGGAAAAGCUCAACACGGGGAGUGGAGCAAUGAAGAGGAAAUUUUCCCUCAAGAAGAGGCCUACAAAUGUUUGAUUUAAUUUUUUUUCUCCCCCAACACCUAUUGUUUCCCAUACGCUCCCCCAACUUAGGUGUAUUUUGCAUUGAUCUGGAGUUGUUUCUUUUUCCACCUUUUCCCGUUGUUGCAUUGAUUAUUUUGCCUGUCUCUUUUUGAAAAUAUCUCGUAAUUUCAUUUUUCUUAUAGCACUUGAGACGGGUAGGAUUGGUUACAGAGCAAGCGUAGCGAUAGCACAGGAUUGGAUGGUGUUUCAUGGUAUUAUUCAUCUUGGAUAUCGGGGUUUCUUUUUAUUUUACUUAAAUCUCCUGCAAUUUUAUGACGAUGUGAUGUACGUUACGAUAUGACUAAAAGGAGGUAGCUAGUCUACAAUUGAUGAAUCCUGAAGUCUACGGCAUUAAGUUUUGGAUGGGUGCAGAGGUCCUGGUGACGGGGAUGGUGACUUAGUACAGCGUGGUUCAAGUACCGGUAUGUUGUUGGGUUUUCUUGAUAGUUCGCCGAGUAUCCGGAUGUCUCGGCGCGAAAGUGUCCAAAUUUACGCCUAGGUGCUCUAUAAAAUUUAUUGGCGUCAAGGCAUCCUGAUACUUUAUGAACUGUCAAGUAGCUGCAUGUUUGGAAGAUUUUGUCGAGUUGCCAGCAUUAUCUCCCAUUAGGAGCAGAUUACAAGCCGGGCAUUGAUAUGACCACAUCUCAUGCUCGUCUCGUCAUUGCUAUCGAACCCAAGGUGGCCCAUCUUCACCCUACCCUACGAGCACUGUACGUCCUAUCAUACUCGUAUUACCGGUAUUAACCCAUCCUCAGCCAAAGGCCCAACUACGCAGGAGAUCAGUGCUCUGGUUGAAAAACCGAGUGAUGGAGGCCGAGUCUUGGCAUUCCUUCUCCACCUCCGUUCUGAGAACUGCACGGAAUAGUAGUAUACAUCAUCC